UCUCUGUCUCUCUCUCUGUCUCGCUCGCUGUUCAUUUCUCACGAAACGGAGACGCGCGGACUUGCGAGUAGCUGUUAUGAGUUUGAGAAGACGAAGCGACAGCGGAGAACGGACUUAUUAUAAUAAGAAGAAACGAAUAAGAACAAAUCACUAACAGCUCAAUGGAAGUGGCGUCAUCCACUUGCUGUGAAAUCACUGAAGGGGGAGCCAAAAACAUCUCAAGCCAUUCUGAGUGUAUCACCCGUCAGCCAAAAGCCAAUGGGCCAGUUGUGACCGCAGGCUCCCCAUCCACAACUGACGUUGCUCCUUUGCUGCCCUCCCAGCUUUCAGUGAACUCUGCACUGUCACACGCCCCAGUCUGUGCGCCACCCACUCAUCAGUCCUCUUCCCUAAGCACACACAAUGGCAACUUCGGUCAACACCAUCAUCACCAACCUGGGACAUACAACCAGAAGCAAGUCUCCUCCAUCCAAAAUCCCACCUAUGCAAAGGCAGACGCUAUUCACAUCAAAGAAGCGGCUGGAGAGGACUACUGCUUCCGUUGUCUCCUAGCCUGUCUCUACUGCCAGCUUCUGUCCACGUGUUCCGUUUUGGGAGAGUGUCUAGUGUGCGGAACGGUGGGGGCUGGCUGCUGUGAUACCAUGACGAGCUGCUGUAACUGUUGCCUGGAGGCUGCGGGGGAAAUGACAUGUACAGAAGAGGCUUGUCAGCCAGUGUUGGAUUGUGAGAUACUAGGGGAGUGCUGCUGCCCAUCUGACUGUCUCGAGAUCUGUGUGGAGUGCUGCUCUAUCUGCUUCCCUGCAUAGAGCAGCCGAUCAGAAUAAAGCCCUACUAAGAGGGGUGUUUCACAGAGUUAAAGGACAAAUGUUGUCAUCAGUGUGACACAACAAGACUUAAUCCAAUCAGAUAGCGUUCACCUGUCAAGUUUACACAUUGCGAGCUCCCAAGGUGGGACCAAGUCAUUGCUUUGCACAAGUCACAAGCAGGUCUCAAGUCUUUGCACUCAAGUCCGAAUCAAGUCUCAAGUCAAAAUAGGCAAAGUCCGAGUCGAAUCCAAGUCAAGACUGAAAAGUG